AGAACCUGUGGGCAGCAGACUGAAGUGUACAUGCCUAAGUCAGUCAGACCAAGCCAAUACGCCUCAACUGCAUUUAAGUUUCAUCCUGGUCAGUGAAUCAUAUCUUUUGUUGCCAGCACAGCUCUUCUGUAACGGGCUCAUGGCAAAGAAAUUCUAAUAUCUGAGGUGAGUACAUUUUAUGUUUUUGCAACCUUAAAUCAAAAAGGGUUCACUAGUUCUUUAAUAUGUGAUUGUGUCACAGGGGGUAUUGUGGUGUUUCUUAAAUCAGAAUCGUAGUCAGAAAGGGAUUUAUUGCCAAACCUUACUUACCAGUCAUGGGUGACUGGUCUUAUAUGUCAUCACUGCUAGACAAGGUCCAGUCUCACUCUACUGUGGUGGGGAAGAUCUGGAUGACUGUCCUCUUCCUGUUUAGGAUCUUUGUCCUGGGUGCUGCUGCUGACAAAGUCUGGGGAGACGAAGUGUCAGAGUUCCACUGUGACACCUUGGAACCAGGAUGUGAACAUGGGUGCUACAACUGGAUGUUCCCAAUAUCCUACAUUCAUUACUGGGUCCUGCAGAUCACCUUUGUGUCAACACCUACCUUAGUCUACCUAGGCCAUGCUGUCCACAUCAUCCACAAAGAGAAGAGGAUGAUGGAGAAGCUGCGGGACAGCACAAAUGGAACUGUAAUUAGGAAGCCAAGGUAUACAGAUGACAGAGGGAAAGUAAAGAUAACAGGCAUCCUCUUUUGCACUUACAUGACCCAGCUGAUCUUUAAGAUCAUCCUGGAGGUGGGAUUCAGUGUGGGCCAAUUCUACAUCUUUGGCACCGUGUUCAUGGUUUCCUACUUUCACUGUACUAUAUCACCACCUUGUGCCCGUUACAGUGGUGCUCAGUGUUACAUUUCUCGUCCCACCGAGAAAACAAUUUUUGUCUUCUUCAUGCUUGUGGUUUCAGGCAUUUCCGUGAUCCUCAACAUCAUGGAGAUAAUCUACCUGCUCUGUAACAAGAAGAGAGACACCAGGGAAAUAAUUCAAGCUCAGCAGCACAUGCUCAUCUCACAGCAGUGCCCAUCCAACCCAGCUUGGGGAACCAUGAGCAGCAAGUAUGGUGGGUUCCCAUUGUUGCCUCUACCAACCCAGGGUACAACAGGCCUCUGCAUUGAUGAAAAACACAUUGACUCCGUCAAUAAAGAAAAGGACACCUGAUACAGGAAUUAUACAUUAUACACAUUG